AUGGAGCUGACAAGUGGUCUGUGUUUAAGAGAUGAAUCCAAGAUAGUAACGGAGGGAUGUCACUGGGUAGGAGUGAUGGGAGAACAUUUAAGUGAAAUCGACUUUGGACUGUGGAAGAGUGAAGGUUAUGUUCAAGGCAAUGUUCUGGGGCUGGUUGGAAAUACUAUUGACUGCCGUGUUCUAUUCAUUCAAGUGUUUGAAUAUACUAAUAUUUCUACAUUUUUUCAGGUUUCAAAUCCCCCUAAAGAUCUGAAGAGGCCAGCAAGCAAAAAGGCUUCACACUGCAUCUACUUUUUUGGAUCAGAGAAUUAUGGAUGGAUUGAAGAAAACAAUUUAAAACCAUAUGAACAAUACAAAGAGGCUCUUAUAAGAGCAAAUAAAUCUGGAGCUUUUAAAGAUGCAGUGGAGGCAAUAGAGAAGUGCGCCCAAAACAAAGGAGAUGCAACGAGUAUGAAAGAUGAUUCUGAUGCAAUAUUUGACCGUCUAGUUGAAUCUGACAAUGAAAAGAAAACAAAACCUAAGGCUCAGAAAAAGGAAAAUUCAGGUAAAAUAAUUAUAAAAAGGGAGUAUGGCUCACCAAGUGGUCCAGCAUCCAAGAAGGCCAAGAAAGAGAAAGUCUCUACAAAAGACCAUGAUGAAGUCACAGCAAAUGGAGAUGAUCCACUACUUAAUUCCUUCAGUCCUCUGAGAAAAGGACCUGGCUCAAACCUUCUAGAUCGGCCUGCAAAUGUAACAAGACCUGAAACACCACCUCUAGAUUUAGAAAGUGUAUCACAAACACUGAUGGAGAAGAACAUCUCUCCCUCCACUCUCAAGUUUGGUUUCCUAGGGCUGGGCAUCAUGGGCUCUGGUAUCGUUAAGAACCUGCUCAACUCUGGACACCGAGUGGUGGUAUGGAACAGGACACCAGACAAGUGCCGAGACUUUGUGAAGGCAGGGGCUGAGGAGGGACUGACACCGUCAGAUGUUAUACAGAUGGCAGACAUCACUUUCUCCUGUGUAUCAGACCCUCAGGCAGCUAAAGAUAUGGUAUUUGGAAAUUGUGGAGUCCUGCCUGAAGCGGGGCCUAACAAGGGCUACGUAGAGAUGACAGGCAUUGAUGCAGAGACUUCUCAGGACAUAGCUGAGGCCGUGACGGGGAAAGGUGGACGCUACUUGGAGGCUCAGGUCCAGGGCAGCAAGACACAGGCUGAGGAAGGCACUCUGGUCAUCUUGGCUGCGGGCGACAGGUCACUCUUCGACGACUGCCAGAGCUGCUUUGAAGCCAUGGGCAAGAACUCAUUCUACCUUGGAGAGGUAGGCAAUGCAUCCAAGAUGAACCUGGUGUUGCAACUGAUGGCAGGGGUAACGAUGGCAGGACUGGCUGAAGGCAUGGCUCUAGCUGACCGUGCAGGACUGCAGCAAAAGGAUGUUCUAGAGGUCAUGGAACUUACAUCCCUGGCUUGUCCCACUAUUCUGGAGAAGGGCAAGGCUAUAAUUGAUGCCAAUUUCCCCACACACCUGCCACUGCAACACUUGCAGAAAGACUUAAAAUUGUCAUUGAGUUUGGGAGACCAGUUAGAGCAACCACUUCCUCUCACUGCCUCUGCCAAUGAGGUGUUCAAACACGCCAAGCGACUGGGAUAUGGUGAACAUGAUGCUUCUGCUGUCUACAUACGGGCACGCUUCUAACUGAUGCCUGAUUAUUCAAUAUUGUUUAUUGGCAUUGAAUACAACAAAAACUGUAAAUAAUGUUUGAGUUAAGUUUUGUGGUUAGGGUAGGAGCAGUCCCAAUAGCAUCUUAGUGUUUGUAAAAAUUUUAUAAAUUUUUUUACUCAUUUCAUUGUUUAUUGUUCAUAGUAUUUUUUUGUGAAAAACUUAAGUUAUGUCUCAGUCUUCGCGCGGUAACACACUUGUUAGUUACUUUUUGUAGUAUCAGGUGCUGUAUUGCAAGCACAUUUGUUUUAUUAAUUUAUUUCAUGCAUAGAUUUAAUUUAAUAAUGGAAUCAAGUGUUAAAUCAGUUUAUUUUGCUUGUCACCAAACAACAUCUACUAUAACUUGUAAUAAUUAACAUAGUAGUAAAACUUAAGCAAAGCUGUAUAUCAUUUAUGUUGCUUGAAAUAAAUUUGACUGAUUAUGCUACAUUAUUUUAAUACAAACUAUUACAAAAAAAUACACAUUUGGGUUUGGUUCUUAACCAUUAACUUUAAAAAGGAUUAAAGUUAAUGAUUAUUAAAAAAUGUAAGGAAUAAGUCUUAAUUUAAUCAUUGAGUUGUUAUUUUUAGAUAUUGCUGACCCAGAUCAAUUUGAAAUGUUCCAAAGCUAUUUAUUCUUAUUACAACUAUCCUGUCUCGAUGUUCAAGAGGAUAAGUGGAUCUACUCCACUUGUGACAGAUAUGAAAGCUGGGUGACACUGAUGAGACCAAUCUUACCUAACCAAUUUAACAAUACAUUUUUAAAUAGUCAAAUAUUUUUGCAAUGGCCUGCAUGUUUCAGUGAAAGAAUUUCCUAUUCAUUGAUAUUUUUUUACAAAAUGUAAACAUGAAAUCUUGUUAUAGUAACAAAUUAUACUUAUCCCGAGACAUCUUAUGGUGGCAAGGUGGACCAAGGCAUCUUAAUUCUACUUUUAGAGAUAAAUUUAGCAUGAAAAGCAGGGAGAGUAAGAAAUAUUACUCUAAUUUCUGUUUUUUUAUGUCUGAAAAUAUAUCAUAUUGUGAUUAAUUUUUUUAUAUAUAUAUAUAAAAAUACUGGUUAGGAUUUAAAUUUUAGUUUAUAGAAAACGAUUAAUUUAAGAGAACAAAGUGAUAUUAAUGUUGAAUUAUAAAUAUUAUAAAAGUGAAAUAUUUUAUUUGUUCUUUACUUGACAGAUCACUAGCAUUUUCUUCUAUUUUCUUGCUAGUGUCAAAAAUGUAACUGUAUUAUUUGUUGUGCUAGCAAUUUUAAUUUUUUUAAAUCAUUAUUUGUAAAAGGUAAUUGUUUUAAACUGUUUAAAAGUACAAAUUUUUUAUAUAUUCAAAAGUUAUAGAAGUACUUUUAAUGCGCAAAAUUCAAUUAAUACGUUGUGUUAUGCUUUAGAUUAAUUUGCAUUUAUCAUUUUAUACAAUUUAGUUUUAGCUCUGAUAUUUUUUACAAUGUAUAACCAUAUGUAUCCAAACAUGUUUACAUUUAUUUAAUUUUUCAACAAAAGUUAAGAAAGAUGUGUAUUACUCCAUUUCUGUCAUAAGUAUUACAUAUUUAUUUUGAAA